AGGGCUUCCCGUUCGCUCAGCCAUACUUAAGCAUAGUACCGGCGGACUAGUAGUUGAGUGGGUGACCAUCAGCGAAUCCCCGCUGUUGUAUGUUUUUUUUAAUUUUUUUUGCCCCUCGUCUGAACUGAGUUGGGAUGGUACGAGUGAUGGUGUAACUAGUCAAGCGAGGAUCUGCGUGGGUGACCACCAACCGUUUUUUUGGGGGGGAUCUGAUGGCUCGGUCGGACCACAUGCUUUACGCCUGUGUAUUCAUGGCCUGUGGAAUUACUGGAUCUCUGGGAUUGGAUUGUCUAUCACAAGAAGCUAUAAAGAAAGAUUCACUAGGAACAGUUGAGAGACAGACAAAGUUUCAAUACAGCGUACUUGGUUAAUAUAGCAUAGCUAUUCU